UAUAAUAUAUAGUAUUCAAAUUUAUAGGAGUAAUUACUUAUAUGCAUUAAUUCAGGAGAAUGCAAUCCUUUAGCCAUGCAUAUCUAUCUAUUAGAGAAUUAUUAAUUGCUACCUAUGAUUGAUGCAUCGUAUCCAAAUCUACAAUAAUAUUAAUUGCUUUGGAUUGGUCGAUCAGAAUGAUUUUCUUUAGCCAUCUAUAUCUAUUAAAAUAUUCAAGCACCAAUAUUUCAUCUAUAUAAAGUGCUGGAACCUACUUCCCCCAUCAUAUCUCUAAUGAAGGAGGGGGAGGUAUUGUUUGAAGUAUUUACACCACUUGUGGGAAAAAUGUGGAGAUUGGUCCAGUUUGUUGUGCUACUCUCUGUCUUCUGUUCGAAAGGAGUUGCUACAACAUCAUUGUGCGGCAAGAACCCGCACCUUUGCAUGCACAUGCUAUUCAAAGAAGAGGUAUCAUCUAAUCGGAGCUUGAUGCCGAUCAAAGAAGAAGCAUCCGACAGUUCAGCAUAUAUACACCAUCAUGCAAUUUACCAAUCAAAUACAGGCUAUGAUUCCGUAGUAUACGGUACCAUGGCAACUUUAAGUGUUCAUGAGUUUCCGGCCAUCAAGAAGGGGCAAAAUAUAUUGGCUACUAUUAAGGUAGGGAAUUUCCAACGGGGCCAUAAGGAAUAUACUAAUGCUGUGCAUGCUGGAUGGGCAAUUCAACCAUCAUUCUACGGUGACAGCAAAACUCAUUUUACGACAGCUGAUGGAUACAAAUCUACCAGGUGUAUUGACUUAAAAUGUAAUGGAUUCGUGCCGGUUAACUAUGCACCAAUUACCCCAGGAGAUACUCCCUCCGACGGAGGGAGUAGUUUGGAGGGGCAAAGUAAGAUAUCAAUCAAGAUAUUCAAGAAAAAGGAUGAUGGAGAUUGGUGGCUGUACUUUGGUCAUGAUGGUCAAAACCUUAGGGCCCUUCCCGUGGGAUUUUGGCCAAAGAAUAUCUUCAACAGUUUGGCAGACCAUGCAAAUAUAAUAACUUGGGGAGGCUACACAGGAUCUUAUUCAGGAGAUUCCAGCCCGCCAAUGGGGAAUAACAUGUUCUACUGUGGGGUCCGGGAGGUUGUCGUGAUUAGAAUCAUUAUUCACUAAAAGAUCCGUGUCCAAUAAAAAUAAAUCAAAAGAUCCAUGCCAUUGCCUAGUCAACAUGCCACUCGGACGGUUGAAUGGAAGUCCUGAAGAUUUGGAUCCAUAUGACACAAUUAGCAAGUCUGAAAAUUUAAAUGUGCAUUUUAGAAGUUUGAUGAUCCAGUUAGAUGACACAGUCGGACAAGUUCAUGUACCAUCCAUGCAUUUUACUCCGCU